AUGCAAAACGAAAGACAGGACUUUCAGGCAUCUCGUGCCGUAAUUCUCCGACGAGCGAUUGAAGUUAUUGAGGAAAAACAACAGCAACGGGCUGAACUUCAGGCUAACUGCGACCGUCUGCGAAGUGAAACUGCUGAGCUCGAAAGAGAGAUAAGAAUGAUCAAAGAGAACUUGGCGAAACCGCAUGAGGCACCUUUGUUCGAACACAAUCGCCCAAAUCUUAUUUAUCCCAAGUCACCACAGCCAACCUCAGUUUCAGCUGUGAUGAAAACGGAACAUGGAAAUGUAUGUUUUGUGAGAUGGAAAUAUACUGUAAAGCAGAACGAAUUGGACGGAAACCGGAAUUCGCAUCUACGUCGACGUCGUGAUAUUCGACUGUCCACCAAGUAA